AUGAACACGUACAGUCCGCUAUUUAUGGUAAAUACGUACGAUAUGCUCGUCCUGAAACCUUUUAAACCUUUGACACCGUCUGCAACCUUACAAUGUCCAUCAUGCAAAAACAUUUACCUGAAUCCGACCGAUCUGAUGAUUCAUAUGGCGUGGCAUCAACAACAACCACAUUUGCAGUCUGUCGCAUGCAAUAGUAGAAGUGUCGAUGCAAGUAGCAGUAGCAGUGGUACUGCCAGGAGUAAUACUAAAAAGAGUGGUACUCAUCGAACGAAAACAACGGAAUCCGUUUCAGUUAGCACAAGAAGUGGAAAUUCUGCACGAUCAUCACACGUGAGCACUUGCAAAUGUUCUGUAUGUGGAAAAACAUUCACGAGACAUUGGCUUCUUCAAGGACAUAUGAGAACACACACUGGUGAAAAACCAUUUCAAUGUCCUGUAUGUACUAAAGCAUUUGCAGAUAAAAGUAACCUGCGCGCUCAUGUACAAACGCAUAGUGGUAAGUGA